AAUUGUUUAGUUAGUAAUUGAAUAUACGAUUAUAUACAACCCUGCUGCAAGUAAAGAAGUAACACGCAUAUAUGCCGGUAAUUUUUAACUGUACUGCUCACACUUAUAAAAUUUGAGCUUAAAUUUGAUGUUGAAAGAAGUACGAUAAUAUGCCAAUGGAAAUACACAUCAUCGACUGAAUUUGACUGAACUUCAAUCAAAGCAGCGACAAAAGCAGCAGCAGCGCAGUUCUACAUUUUCACAAAUUUCAAUCUAUAAAAACUCAUCGGAAUCGCAGAAGGAAAGUUGUUCCAGAAACCUAUUAUUUUGUAAAACGCAGCAAAAUGAGUCUUGUCUGGACUUUGAUUGCUACAUUUCUGUACGCAGAAAUUGUCGUAGUUCUUCUCUUGGUUUUGCCUGUAGCCAGUCCAUACAAAUGGAACCGACUCUUCAAAUCGAAGUUUCUAGCGAUGCUGGCACAGCAGGCGCAUCUAUACUUUUUCCUCAUUAUGGGUGUAUUAAUUUUAUUCCUAUUGGAUGCCAUACGUGAAAUGAGAAAGUAUUCGACCCAUGAAGCUGGCGGUCACGAACAUCUUAAUGUCGAAAUGCAGCACAGCAUGCGUCUCUUCCGUGCACAACGCAACUUUUACAUUUCUGGUUUUGCAAUAUUCCUCGUAUUAGUCAUACGUCGUCUAGUUACGCUGAUCUCUGCACAAGCAAACUUGUUGGCUCAAAGUGAAGCUUCAAUGAAGCAGGCACAAAGUGCCACCGCAGCUGCCCGCACGUUGAUGGCUGAAAAGAGCACCGAGAAGGCGAAGGAAGCUACUGAGGAUAGCACACUCACUGAGCUCAAUGAAUUGCGUAAGAAAGUACAAGAACUCACAUCUGACUUGAAUCGUGAGAAGAAGGAUAAGGAAGCUUUAAAAUCACAAGCAGAAAGCUUGAACAAGGAGUACGACAGACUUACCGAUGAAUACAGCAAAUUGCAAAAGAAGAUUACCAUCAGCGACAUUAGCAGCGGUAAAGGUGGUGAUAAGGAUGAUUAAACAAACCACGAAAUCAGUACUCAAUAGAGAAAUAUUUAUAAUUUAAUCAUUAUAAAUAUAUUUUUGCUACUGAGGUACAUGUGCAGUUGCAGUUGAAUCGGUUUACACACUGCUGUUAACAUCUCAAAGAGACUUGAAGUUUGAAUUUGUUAAAAUGAAAAGUGAUGAGUUUAUCUAAAUUGAAAAGAAUUAUCUUAAAUAAUGUGGACUAUUAUAUAAUAGUAUACAUAAAUAUUCAUAACAUUAAAAAUAACAAAGAACUAAUAUUUUUAAAGAUCAAAAUGUUUCUUCUAAUUGCUUUGUAGUUCUCUUAAGAAUUUAUCUUUAGCGUGUUGGUUAAUACUUUUUCUCACAUAUAUAUAUAAACGUAUUAUUUCCUUUUGUAUACAAAAAUUAUGAAUUAUUAAUAAAUGCAUGUAUGCUUGAAUUGACAUGCAAAAUUUGCGCCUA